AUGGGGAGCUCUGCCAUUGCUGUUGCCGGUUCAUGUGAGGCUUCUGCUAUUGAUUGGAUUGGUGUUAAUUUUCAGUGGUCGGUUGAUAGUUGUGUACUUGCUAUGGCUAUUUCAGGUCUAUCCACCACAACCCCAAUCUUGACAAUCUUUAACACUCUGCUCCGCCACUAUUCACUUAGUCACGUCCCUGAAGAAGCUCUCUUACUCUUCAAACACAUACAACACCAACACCAAAACCAAUACCAAACCAUCUCUUUUGAUAGCUUCACUUACUCUUUCCUUAUAAAAGCCUGCGCUAAUGUACAGCGACCCAGAAUAGGUAUUCAACUCCAUGGUCUCACUAUCAAAGCAGGCUUCGAGUUCCACGUUUACGUGCAAACUGCUUUGGUUAACAUGUAUGCUGAUUGUGGGUAUUUGAAGCCAGCUCAGAAAGUGUUUGAUGAAAUGCCUGACAGAAACUCGGUGACAUGGAACGUUUUGAUUACGGGUUUCAUAAAGUGGGGUGAGCUUGGUGUUGCUCAAUAUCUCUUUGAUGUGAUGCCAAUAAAGAAUGUGGUUUCAUGGACUGGUCUUAUUGAUGGGUACACGCGGAUGAACCACUAUAAUGGAGCUUUGGCCUUGUUUCGGAGAAUGGUUGUGAAUGAGGGAAUUAAACCAACAGAAGUAACUAUUCUUGCUGUUUUUCCGGCUAUUUGGAAUCUCAGGCGCCUUGAAUCUUGCCAAAUAAUCCAUUCUUAUGGAGACAAAAGUGGGUUUAAUGCGUCUGAUAUUCGUGUUAUGAAUUCUCUUAUUGAUGCAUAUGCAAAAUGUGGGUGCGUAGAGAGUGCAAUUCGAGUUUUUGAGGAUAUAUCUGAUGAGAGGAGGAACGUGGUGUCGUGGACGUCAAUAAUAUCUGGGUUUGCAAUGCAUGGAAUGGGAAAAGAAGCUGCGGAUAGUUUUAAAAGAAUGGAAAAUGCAUGUAUGAAGCCAAAUCGAGUUACAUUCUUGAGUGUGUUAAAUGCAUGUAGUCAUGGAGGCCUGAUUGAUGAGGGGCUUGAAUUUUUCAAAAAAAUGGUGGACAAGUGUGGUGUUGUACCAGACAUUAAGCAUUAUGGGUGCUUGAUAGAUAUGUUGGGUCGUGCAGGGAGGCUUGACGAAGCGGAAAAUAUGGCUUUGGAUAUUCCUGUGGAAAUGGUUAAUGCUGUGAUCUGGAGGACGCUUUUGGGUGCUUGUAGCUUCCAUGGAAACAUUGAGGUGGGAGAGAGAGUCACGCAGAAGAUACUGGACAUGCAGAAAGAAUAUGGUGGUGACUAUGUGCUUUUGUCCAAUAUUUUUGCUGGUGCCAGUAGGCAUUCUGAUUCUGAGAGUGUGAGAAGAGCAAUGGACGAACGAAAUGCCCACAAAAUUCCUGGCCUUAGUUUGAAUCCUCUUACAACCCUUGUUGACAAUACAAUCAGCACUUCAGAUCUCUUUCCAGAAAUUGUGAUGACUGUUCUAUCUGCUCUUGCUGGUUGGGCUGCUGCAAAUCUGAGGACAAGUUUUUGCACUACCCUGGCAGUCUUGGGAGGAAAGAACUUGGUGUCUCAGAUAUCUGAGAGAAUGGUUGCACUCUCAGGUGGAGUUCUUUUCAUUGCUUUCGGGAUUCUGUCCUUUCUUUCCACUGAUGAGACGUAAGGUCUGUAACAUUCAGUUGUGGAUGAAAUUUUAAUCCCAAGUCUUCUCGUACAAUUUUGUUGGGUCGAGCUCUAAAAUUCAACCUAACUUCAAAGGAUUCGAGCUCUAAAAUUCAACCUACAAGUUUGUUUGUGGAUGAAAUUUUAUGUUGUUCCAACACGUAGUGGUCCCACAACAACUCACUUGUUGACUUGCAAUCUUUUCGUUAAAUCUCUUUGGGUCUACGUGCGUGUGUAUGUUGGUGUCGGUGUGAGAGAGUUAUUAAGUCGAAAUCUUCAAUUUUUAGU